AUGCUCACCUCAUCUGCACCACUAACCGAUUUCACCACCGAUCGAGAUGCUCUUCUCGCGUUCAAAAAAGGCAUUACUGUCGACACAAGUGGCGUGUUGAGCAAGAAAUGGCUCACCAACACUUCCAUCUGUCACUGGGCCGGCAUCUCGUGUGGAAUCAAACACCAAAGAGUCACAGCCCUCGAUCUCUCCAACUUCGGCCUCCAUGGAAGCCUCCCCCCACAUCUCGGAAACCUAACCUUUCUCCAGUCCUUGGACGUCAGCUCCAACAAUUUCACAGGCGUCUUACCAGCUGAGCUGUCUAAACUACGCCGUUUGAAGCUAGUAAACGCGACAUGUAACAACUUCAGUGGAGAAAUACCGAGAGGUAUCCUUACAAACAUGUCGGUAUUGGAAUAUAUUGAUCUGAGGUUUAACAACCUAUCGGGCGCUCUCCCAAGAGAUAUAUGCAAUAACACUCCGAAACUGAAGGGAUUAUCUCUCAUUACGAAUCAAAUAUCUGGAAAAAUUCCAAGGAGUAUACACAAGUGCAGCAAGAUGGAGGAGUUGAGCUUGUCGACGAAUAUGUUCAACGGAAACAUACCAACCGAAGUUGGGAAUCUUACCAUGCUUACACUUUUAUCUAUAGAUGAUAAUGAUCUCCAAGGAAGUAUUCCGCCUUCUAUCUUCAACGUUUCGCGUUUGAAAUUCAUAUAUCUCGAUGGCAAUAAACUGUCUGGAAGCAUACCCAAAAAUUUGGAUAAUUUACUCAAACUCCAAGUGUUGUGUCUUAGCAACAACAACUUAACAGGCGAAAUUCCAACCUCAAUCACGAACGCUUCUCAGCUUGUUUUUAUACAGAUGAGCUGUAACUCAUUCGUUGGUACCAUCCCCGACUUUGGUAAUCUAAGACAGCUGCGAUUCCUUAGUCUACGGGAAAAUAAUCUGACUGGAUUGGGAUUUCUCUCUUCUUUUACAAACUGCCCUAAUUUGAAUGUCUUGCAUAUUACUAACAAUCCGAUGAUGAAUAGUACCCUUCCAUCUUCCUUCGGAAAUUUGUCUACUUCACUUAUCAGCUUUUCAGCAUCUAACUGCAGCAUCAGAGGGAAAAUUCCUGCUGCAAUUGGAAAUUUGAGGAAUUUGGUGAUUUUGGAUUUAUCCAACAAUCAACUCACAGGAUCCAUCCCAACUACAUUUUCGAUACGUUGUAGCCUUCAGUCACUCUACUUAAAUGUUAACAAGUUGGAAGGAUCAUUACCCCGUUCCCUUUCCAAUUGUCGAUGUCUGCAGCUUCUUAAUUUUGGAAACAACAGAAUACAAGACACUUUUCCGGUUUGGACGGGAAAUCUCACUUAUCUUCGAGUCCUCAUAUUGGCAUCCAACAACUUCAGCGGUAACAUUUCUCCUCUCGCUCCCAAGGCUACAGUUCCAUUCCCUAAGCUGCAAGUUUUUGAUAUAUCUCAUAACGCAUUCGUUGGCAAUCUUCCCCACGGAUAUAUUACGAAUUUCAAAGUGAUGAUGGAUGUACAAGAGAAUCAUCGAGGAGAACAAGUUCAGAUUCCGAGUUAUACAAAGUCAUUCGUGUUGAGAGUGAAAGGUUAUGAUCGAGAAUAUACGAAAAUUCUGAAAACAUUCACAACAAUCGACAUGUCAUUCAACAGAUUCUCCGGCAGUAUCCCAAACACCAUUGGAAAUCUGAAUUCCUUGAUACAUCUGAAUCUGUGUCACAAUUGCCUCACAGGAGGUAUACCUGCAUCUCUUGGAAACUUGACAGAACUCGAGUCGCUGGACCUGUCUUCAAACCGAUUGGAAGGGGAAAUUCCAGCGGAGCUAACAAAGCUCACGUUUCUUGCUGUGAUGAACCUUUCCAUGAAUAAUCUUUCAGGGAUGAUACCUCAAUCCAAUGGCCAGUUUUCCACAUUCGAAAAUACAUCAUAUGUUGGGAAUUCUGGACUAUGUGGAUUUCCUUUAUCACGAAAAUGCAAAGGGCCUUCGCCUCCAGUGAUGAUGGAAGAAGAUGAUGAUGACGACUAUGGUAUUCUAGAGGGAUUCUGUUGGCAGGCUGUUGUUUCCGGAUAUGGAUGUGGAUUCGUAAUCGGUGCGAUUGUUGGUUAUCUGAUUCUUGGGUAUGGAAGGCCUAAAUGGUUGUUGGAUUGGCUCUAUGGAUUUUACAAGAUAAAGAUGAGAAGCCAUAGAAGAAAUGUGGCACCACAAAGUUACAUUAUUGCUGUUUGCUUAACCUUUCUUUGCAUGUUAUGUUGA